AUGUCGUCCGUCAAUGGAUCGUCCUUUGCUGCGGGCAGUCCGACCAUGACCGCCUCUACCUCGGACGCAUUUGGCCGCAACAUUCUUUCGUCGUCCAUUUCUUCGUUGCAGUCGUCCACCAUCGCGUCGAGGCAUACGUCUCAGAUUUCCAAGACAUAUCGCCAAGCCUCAACCUUAUUCCUGACGCGUCGAUUACCCGAGGCACUCACCACUCUAACACCACUCAUCACCCCACCCGGCUCUGCUGAUGACGGAGAGCCCGCACCCGUAGCUGCUGCUUCGAGGACCACGAGGAUCAAAGUAUGGAGCCUGUACUUGACCAUUCUUAAUGCCAUUUUGGAAAUGGACCCUGAGGAGGGCAAAGACGCUUUUGGUAAUCAGGAAUGGAGGGCGUUGUGCUCAAAGGUCCGCGACGGACAAGUAUGGGAGGAGGUUGUUCAUAAUGGCUACCACGGUGUUGAGGGUGACGUUGACUCUGACGUCGUUAUCAAUCUUGCAACACUUCUACUCGCACAUGCUCGUGAUCAGACGUUGAAUCAGCGUCGGUUGGAGACAUAUCUCGCCACUACUACCGCCCCGAAUCUCGAUCUCGCGGGCAAGUUCAACGGCUCACCGGCUCCUGGGUCGCGGAUGGGAUCGCGAUACCGAUCACCAGCUCCUGGUACCAGUGGCGCAAACACACCCCGAGAUCUCAAUGCCCGUGUCAAAAUUCUUGAGCUGUAUACUCUGCACGUUCUACUACGGAAUAAUGAAUGGGAGUAUGCUCGUGAAUUCAUCAGUGUAAGCUCAGUUCUGGAUGAUGAGCGAAGGGAAGCCUUCCUCCAGGCACUUCAGAGUUUGCAAGAGGAUCAGCAAGAGCAGGAACGCCUGGAACGCGAAGAACGUCAAAGGCAAGAAGAGGAGCUCCGCCGGGAGGUUGAGGAGGCCAGACGACAGCGAGCGGAAAAUGAAGCCAGGGAACGGAAGAGGCUGGAGGAAGAGCGAGUGCGACGAGAAGCCAGUGAAGUCGACUAUGGUGUUGAACAAUCACCCAGUUCCUCAACAAGCGGCAACAGGUCUCGCCAAAAUAGACCCCAGCCCCGGCAUAAUAAAUCGUCCAUCUCAUCACGACAGAAUGGCAAAGCCGUGGCGCCCGCGACAUUUACUGCAAGAGCUACUAUGGUCAUGACCAGGUUACGGUCAGUAAUCGAGGAGCUGGCCGUUGCUCUGAAUAGCAACCCUGCUCUGCUGAUGAGAUUCUUGGUUUUCCUGGUGGGAUUUCUGGUCAUGCUCGGCCACAAGGGCCUGAGGCAACGAAUUCAGAGAAUCUUGGGUACUUCAUGGAAUAAAGUAAUGGCUACGGCCGGCAUGGGCACCAAGGUCAGUUAUAUUUAG